AAUUUUAAAAUUCGACGUCGCCACGAUUUAUGCUAGGAAUUCCUUAUCGGAAUCCUUCCCCACGCCUCGUUUCGUCAUCACUUUUCUAUCAGGUCUGGGGGCGAAAUCAAUCUCUGGCUAGAGAAUGGCGUGCGCUAGGGUUUCUUUAUCUCAGUUCUUUCUUCUCCGUUCUAGUGUACCCUCUUCUUUACACCAUUCAAUCCGUACAGCACCCGCUGCCUCCACCAGGAAGCUCAUUGUCUCCGCUUCCGUCAGUGCUAUGAACUUCUCUUCUCUUGCCGAAGCUGCAAGUUCGAAGACCGAUCGGUGGAGGCCCAUGUGUCUAUACUACACUCAAGGUACAUUCCAUACUAGGAAACGCUGUGAAGAUCUGGAUGACCUGAUAGAUGAUGCUAGCCACCUUGGGAAAUUUAAUCACAAUUAUUUGGUGGAUCUUCAACCAGAUGCCUCUGAACUUUGUAAACUAAGGCCUCAAGAUAUAGAUUACCUUUUGGUACUUGAUUUGGAAGGAAAGGUUGAGAUUCUUGAAUUUCCGGUUGUGAUGAUAGAGACAAAAACAAUGGAUUUCGUCGACUCAUUUCAUAGGUUCGUCAGGCCCACUGGAAUGAGCGAAGAAAGAGUUGGACAGUAUAUUGACGGGAAAUAUGGAAAAAUGGGUGUGGACAGAGUUUGGCAUGAUACUGCUAUCCUAUUCAAAGAUGCGUUGGAAGAAUUUGAGAAAUGGAUGACUGGUCAUCAAUUAUGGAAUAAGCAGGCUGGAGGAUCACUGCAUCGAGCUGCAUUUGUAACAUGUGGGAAUUGGGAUUUGAAGACAAAGAUUCCUCAACAGUGCAAAGUUUCGAAGAUAAGAACACCAUCAUACUUUAUGGAGUGGAUUAACCUUAAGGACAUCUAUCUCAACUUCUAUAAUAGAAGAGCUACAGGAAUGAGAACAAUGAUGAGGCAACUAGGGAUCCCUUUGCUGGGAAGCCACCAUCUUGGAAUUGAUGACGCUAAAAAUAUAGCUAGGGUUCUCCAACGGUUACUUGCUGAUGGAGCUCUGCUUAAGAUUACUGCAAGGAGAAGCUUUGCAAACCCUAGCGACGUGGAAUUUCUGUUCAAGAACCGAAUUGUGUGAAGGUUCACUCUUCAGAGGCCUCGUGAAAUAUCAUCAACACUGUUAACUACCGGUCACCACCACCAACUAUCAUCAGUCGCCACAUCCAGCUGCCAUCGUCUAGAGUGAGAGCUCACAAAUCCGAGUUUUUUUUCCUCCCCUCUUUAGAUGUUCUUGCUUUCAAUCAUGUAUAUUUGCAUUUUAUUUCUUUCUAGCAUCAGCAAAAUCCCUAGUCUAGGAAUUAGAUGUACUUAGGUUAUUAUUAUUGUGAUCAUUUGAUUUGUAUGCUUUCAUUUUUAUUGCAUAUUUUCAAUGAGUGCUUAUUUACUUGUCA